GAACACUUACUUUGGGUGGUGUUGAUAAAAGUAAAUUUACUGGAGAAAUCACAUUUAACCCUGUAAUUCCUAAUAUAGGAUUUUGGUUAAUAACAUUAGUUGAUGCGUCAGUUAAUGGCAAAACAGCGUUGACUUUAGCAAGGCCUGCAAUUAUUGACACUGGUACUACACUUCUUUUGAUACCUCCAGAUGAUGCAGCAGCAAUUCAUAAACAAAUUCCAGGAUACGAAUAUGAUAGUCAAGAUGAUGUAUAUAUUAUCCCAUGCAACACCACUGCUGUAGUUUCUCUUAAUUUUGGAGGUGUUGAAUAUAAUAUUCCAUCCAGAGAUUUAACUUUUUUACCAAUAUCUAGUACUCAAUGC